AUGGACCUAAAGACAAUUUAUUUAACGCUACUUGUUUUCAAUCAAUUGUUUUAUCUUCUUAAUGCCCAUGUCAGCAGUGGCGAAGAUUAUGAUUCCAGCUUUAGCAGCGAUAAAAACUUAAAGCUUGUUGUUGAUUCAGCCAAAUCACCAAGAUAUCUCUUAUAUGAGGUUAAUCCUGGUGAGGGAUUUAAUCUGCGCAGAGAUGUGUACAUGAGAGUGGCUGUGCUUGUGAAAGCUCUCAACGAGGUUUCUCCAUGGAUUCUGGUCUUGCCACCAUGGAGUCAUAUUUACCAUUGGAAAUCACGGGAUAUCGGCUCACAGGAAAAAAUGCCUUGGUCAACUUUCUUUGACAUAGCAAGUUUAAGAAGAUUUGUGCCUGUGAUGGAAUUUGAUGAAUUUUUAAAAAUCAGCAAAGAACCAAUAAUUGAUGAGCUUUACUAUCUUCAACACUAUAAAGAAGGCUGGGAGACAUGGGAAGAAAAGAUGGAUAAAAGACCUUGUAUCAACAACCCUUAUUUUUUAGAUGAAGCAAGCAAGCUGUGGCAUGGAUGGUUCUUUGGUUAUGACGAGAAAGUGGCAGCCCGCACAUUAGAAUGUGUCUCUGUUAUGGGCCAUGCCACUUACCUCAAGCCUUUUCUCUUAUACAACACCACAGGGAGAUCUGUGAUGAUUGAUAGAGCAGAGACUGUUUUACAUGACAGAUAUGGGGAUGCCCUCUUUUGGCAGGUGAGACGAAGCAUGAGGUUCUCAAAGCACUUGAGGGAUAUUGGUGAUGUGUUUAGGAUGGAUUAUCUUAACUCAACAGAUGAGCAGGAUCUGACCAGGCUGGAAGAAAACUGGAUGGACAUGAAGAGAAAACACGGUGAUGCAAUUGGUGGUCCAUAUCUGGCAGUUCACCUGCGUAGAGCUGACUUUGUCCUGGUACGAGAGAAGGAUGUCCCCUCACUAAAACACGCAGCCACGCAGAUCAUAAAGCUGUUGAACGAUCUGGCUCUGAGCAAAGUCUUUAUAGCCACAGACGCACCUGUACAAGAGUAUAACGAGCUGAAAGGUUACUUAAAAGAUUACCAAGUGUAUCGUUACCAGCCUUCUAUGGAGAACAGGUUGAAGUACAAAGAUGGGGGAGCAGCCAUUGUUGACCAGUGGAUUUGUGCCCAUGCUAGAUAUUUUAUUGGAACAAAAGAGUCGACAUUUUCAUUUAGAAUUCAGGACGAAAGAGAAAUUCUGGGCUUCAAACCAGAGACAACGUUCAAUCGUCUCUGUCACGAGAAUGACAAAGUUUGUGAACAGCCAUCUAAAUGGAUGAUUCAAUACCCUUGA